UUUUUAUCAUCCUGCAGUGAACCAGGCGACAUCUGCAGCCGGCCUGAAAGCUCGAGCUUCUGAACGUGCUCCAUGUUGGCAAGAAGAAAUUUUGGUGAAGAUUUCCAAUUUUUUACUAAUUAUACACGCAAAAGCCAAAAGCUUCGGCCCAUAGUGAGGGGUCAAAAUCGUCAUUUGCAGCUUCAAAAUGAGGCAAUCUCUCCCCGAAAAUAAUUGAGGAGUGUUUGCAGCAGGUUUUAAAUCUAAAAAUAGUCUCUUUCAAUCGCCCAGUAUAGAAGCGAAAUUCCAUCUAGGACCCGAACUUGCAAACAAGCGAGUGACAAAAAAGUCCUUCUCAGGUCUCAGUACGAUUUCUAGUACCCAUGAAUGAAUGGAACCAUCGCGGCGUUGAUGGGCAGGUACCAAGACGUGUUUAUCUAUGGUUCUGACGAAGUGCAUCGACCGAAGAACCCAACAAAUGCGAAACAUCCUGUCGGACAAUUUUCGAUUCGAUAACUCGGGCAGUUGAAACCGAGCCAACAAACGCACGACCUUUACACGCUGCAGUACCAUUUCAGCUCAUUGUUCCUGCAUCGGUUCUAUGAAAUAUACAUUUGGAUUUUUCGUCUACCUAUCGAAUGGAAUUAGAGCUGAUUAGAGUGUCGGUAGCCGUGAAUACGAAGUGAGCGGCAAGCUGAGAGCAGUUGGGCGAAGAAGAAACUCAGUGAAACAUGAUGGCAUGGAUUUGGUCACAUUGGUUGGCGAUUGUGGCAACUCUUUGCAUGCUUUUGCUGAUCCAUAAGAGCUACAGAUGGAUCUACAUAGUGUAUAAAACAUUUCCUAGAGAUGCCAAAGCCGGAUACCGAUUCGCCAAGUUGAACUGGCGGAUGUCCAGAUGGAUCAAAGCCAAAGCAACCGUUCCAAGCAUUUUCCGACAGUUGGUGGAAAAGCAUCCUGCUAAGGUGAUUUUCUUCUUUGAAGAGGAAUCAUGGACAUUCCAGAAGCUAGAUGAGUUCAGCAACCAAGUGGCUCACCACUUCAAAGCAAAGGGUUUCCAGAAAGGCGACUCAGUUGCUCUUAUGAUGGAAAAUCGACCGGAAUACGUCGGAUUUUGGCUUGGACUUUCCAAGAUCGGCGUGACUGCUGCUCUGAUCAACACCAAUCUGGUCUCGGACUCCCUCAUUCACUCCCUCAAAAUCUCCAACACCAAAGCGCUGAUCUAUGGCAAGGAUUUUGAAAAAGCUGUUGCAGGCAUCCAGCUGGAUUUGCCCAAGUUCCAAUUUGUACCAUCUGCAUCAGAGGGUUUAGCGGAGGAGAUCAGUAGAGAGCCGAGGGGGGAAGUUUCUGAGCAAGAGCAGAUCCUGCCCACCGAUAAGAUUAUGUACAUUUUCACCUCUGGAACCACUGGCUUGCCCAAGGCAGCAAUGAUAACGCAUAUCAGAUACAUCUAUGCAGCUGUGGGCAUAAACAGUUUAACAAACCUUUCGCCCAGCGACAUCCUCUACAACCCGUUGCCCUUCUACCAUACGGCUGGAGGAAUGCUGGCAGUUGGCCAAGGGCUGAUUUUCGGGCUCAGUCUCGCUCUAAGGAAGAAAUUCUCCGCCUCCAACUAUUGGGCAGACUGCCGCAAAUACAACUGCACUGUGGCAGUUUACAUCGGUGAAAUCUGCCGGUAUCUUCUAGUGGCGCACCAACCAGGCUCCCAAGUGGACCAUCCGGUGAAGAAAAUGGUGGGGAACGGCCUGCGGCCUCAAAUCUGGACGGAAUUCAUCGAAACUUUCCACAUUGAGAACGUUUUUGAGUUUUACGGCUCGACUGAAGGCAACUCCAACUUAAUCAACAUCGACAACACGCCUGGAUCAGUGGGAUUUGUGCCAAUUUACGCCAGCCGAGUGUAUCCAGUGAUUUUAAUCCGGUGCGAUGAAAACACCGGAUCGCCACUCAGACAGGCGAAUGGUUGCUGCAUCCGCUGCAAAACGAACGAAGCAGGACUUCUGAUCGGGAAAGUGCUGAAGAAUCGCGUUCACCGGGAGUUUGCUGGAUACGCCGAUGAAAAGGCCACGGAAACCAAGCUGCUGAGGAACGUGUUCAAGAUGGGCGAUUUGUACUUCAACUCGGGCGAUAUUCUGAUCCAAGACGAGUUUGGGAAUUACUACUUCAAGGACCGAACUGGAGACACUUUCCGGUGGAAAGGGGAGAACGUAGCUACAAGUGAAGUUGAGGCAGUUAUCAGCAACGUAGCUGGACUGAAAGACACCGUGGUCUAUGGAGUCCAAAUCCCUGGCACUGAAGGAAGAGCAGGCAUGGCAGUAAUCGAAGACCCCGAUGGGAGCCUGGACGUAACCAAACUGGCCCAAGGCCUAAAGUCCAGACUGCCUAGAUAUGCAAUUCCCAUUUUCCUCAGGAUCAUGGACUCGCUCUCCAUCACUGGAACCUUCAAGUUGAAGAAAGUGGAUCUGCAGAACGAGGCUGUAGACUUUGGGACCAACCAGGACCGUCGCCUCUACUUCUACAGCUCUGAAUCCAGCGACUAUCGGCCCUUAACAUCGGAGAUUUAUCAGGAGAUUGUGGACGGCAAAGUCAAAGUGUAGUUGAAUGGAUCCUCCAAUAAAAACUUUACAAUUUA